AGGCCGCGCGCUGCCGGGACCCCUCCAGAAAGGGCGGCCCGUCGCGGGGAGGCCUAGGUUCCAUCAGCAAAAUGCCAGACGUCAAGGAGAAAGCGCCCCAGAAGGAGCCUGGCGGCGCGGGGAGUGUGUUCUGCACGCCUGCAACAUCGGAACAGACCCAGCAAGACAAGAGCGGCCCCGAGGACCACCCUGCCCGUUUGAAAGGCCUGGUUAACAAUUCCAAGCUAAGCAAUGAGAUUGGAAUGAAUCACGAUUUCCACCUGGAAGAGAAGGUUUUACCUCAGAGCAGUCUGGAAAACAAGGUCAAGGAGACAAUGCACGAUGCCUUUUGGGACCAUCUUAAAGAGCAGUUAUCAGCUACUCCCCCUGACUUCAGUUGUGCUCUUGAACUUCUGAAAGAGAUUAAAGAGAUCUUAGUAUCACUGCUGUUACCACGCCAGAACCGCCUAAGAAGUGAUAUUGAAGAAGCACUGGAUGUGGACCUCCUUAAGCAGGAAGCAGAAAAUGGAACCCUGAAUGUCACUCAUAUCUCUAAGUAUAUUCUCAACAUGAUGACUUUACUGUGUGCACCAGUUCGAGAUGAAGCAGUACAGAAACUAGAGAACAUUACAGACUCUGUUCGGUUACUGCGAGGGAUCUUCCAAGUUCUGGGCCAGAUGAAAAUGGACAUGGUGAAUUACACUAUUCAAAGCCUUCAACCCCAACUGCAGGAACAUUCCAUCCAGCAUGAACGGGCUAAAUUCCAGGAACGCCUCAACAAGCAGCCUAGCCUCCUUGAUUACACCACCAAAUGGCUGACCCAAGCAGCAGCAGACCUCACUACGCUGCCUCCGACUUGCCCCGAUGCUCCCGAUUCCUCCAGUGUUACCUGCCCUUCUCCAACUGAGACAGUUAAUAGCCCAGAGCCCCUCAGCCCUAUGAUGGUGCUUUCCCAAGGCUUCUUGAACCUCCUUCUCUGGGACCCUGGAAAUGAAGAAUUCCCUGAGACUCUGUUGAUGGACAGAACUCGGCUGCAGGAGCUAAAGUCCCAGUCACAGCAGUUAACCAUCCUGGCCUCGGUCUUGCUAGUGUCCAGUAGUUUCUCUGGCAAUGUUCUGUUUGGCUCACCUCAGUUUCUGGAUAAACUGAAACGUAUAACCAAAGGCCUGACAGAGGAGUUUAACUCCAGGCCUGAGGAGGCUAUGCAGACUGUGAGUGAACAGGUGUCUCAGGAAAUCCAGCAAAGCCUCAAGAACAUGGGCCUGACUGCUCUGAGCAGUGACAACACGGCAUCUCUGAUAGGACAGCUCCAGAACAUUGCCAAGAAAGAGAACUGUGUCCGCAGUGUCAUAGAUCAGCGGAUCCGCCUGUUUCUCAAAUGCUGUUUGGUUCUUGGUGUGCAACGAUCUCUACUGGACCUCCCUGGAGGCCUGACUGUUAUUGAGGCUGAACUCGCAGAACUGGGUCAAAAGUUUGUCAACCUCACGCAUCACAAUCAGCAGGUGUUUGGCCCCUACUACACUGAGAUAAUUAAAAAACUCAUCGUCCCAGCUCAGGUCCUAGAAACAAAAGUGGUGUCUCUGUGAUAACACCAGCUCUGGGCCCUGGCAUCUUCAACCCAGGAGAAAAACCCGUCUUCCUGGGAUGACAUCACCAGCGACCAGCCAAGGCGUGAACCCUCCUCCCCGCCUGCAGACCAUAGCUGUAGUUACCAAGCAUCUAAGUACCAGGUGGCCCAAACUCAUUCACUAAUAAACUUCACAAAUGCAAGCAUAUCUCCACUCUUCCUGUUCUACAGCUGAGGCCAGUACUCAUGCUUUUGGCCCCCAAGUACCUAAGAAGCCAGCAACCCCCAGUUUUUCCUUCACUGCCUAGGCGCUCCCCUCUGUAUGCAAAGCCAAGAAGCCAAGAUACCAGGUGCUCGCGUCAUUUUCUCUAAGGGUAAAUCAUUUUCUCAGGUCUCAGAGAACUCUGGAGUCACCCAAAAUAUGAAUGUAAAUAAGGACUUCCCUGGAAGUUAGAUGCAUGU